AAUUAUAAAAAAAAAAGGUCAGUUACAAAAAGCCUCUUCCGGCUAUAGCAGCGCCACGACGACGCAAUUGAAAUCCCGCCUCCUCUCUCUCUUCCCCGCCAUAUAAAAGCCAUCUUCUUCGGCUCAGAUUUCCUCUCUCUCUUCCUCAACAGUCAUUUCCAUUUCUCUUCUAUCAUUCGUUCGAUCAGUUAUCCAAAGGAUUAGGUGAAAACUUUCCCGGGAAAAUCCGUGAUGAGAGCAGAGCAAAAAUGGAUCACUACGAGGUGCUGGGGCUGAGUAGGAACGCAAGCAAGGAGGAAAUCAAGGAAGCUUUUCGUGGAUUGGCGGUGAAGUUUCAUCCCGACAAGCACUCUCGUUCCCCCAAGGACGUGAGGGACAAAGCCACGCACAGAUUCAAGCAGGUCUCCGAGGCCUACGAGGUCCUCAGCGAUGAUCGCAAGCGUGCGGAUUACAAUCUCCGAUCUCGAUUUUCCUCACCGAGUUCUGGAAAUGGUAAUUUCUAUGGCGGUUAUGGUUAUGACUAUGGUUAUCGUGAUCGGAGCUAUGGCGGCGGAUUUAGACGUGGUUCUUCUGCCUCCAAUGGCGGUGGAUUUGUUUCUGCGUUUGAGAAUGUUCUUCGCUUUUUCACCACGCGAGCUUUCCUUCUCAAUGCGGCCUUUGCAGGUGCUUUGUUAGGUGGGAUGGUUAUAGCUGAUAUGGGCAAGGAGGCCCUGUGGAAGAUGCACAAUUCUGGGAAAUCCUUUGAAGAAGCCAUGGAGUCCAUUAAGAAAGCCAAAAUGCGCAAAGAUUAAAUGUAAGAGAGCUUCCAUUUAUGUCCUUUGCCUUCAGCAAAUUAUAACUGAAGGUUUGACUUCUUUCAGUCAGAUCACGUAUGCAUGGUUAUGCACAUAAAGAUGAAAUCACAGCUUUUAGUUGUAUGGAAAGCAAACUGCGACUUUCUUUAUAUGUUUGUAUAAUCUGUUGAUAAAAUGUAUAUGCUUUCUUUGUCCUUUUCCCCAUUGUGUUCUGCUUUCCACAGAAAUGUUACUUAAUUUGUGAUAUGCCUUGUAUUUGUUAUUUUCGUGUAACUCUAUAACUUGUAGCAAUUGAGGCCGAUUCAUGUAAAUAGAUUGUAUUUUUUGUACAUGUUGGUCGCUCGGUAGUCUCAACUUACUGUUCCUUCAAUUGCUGUUAUAAUUGAAGGAUGAGAAUAUCGAUAUCUAUGGACA